AUGACUGCCUCUGUCCAGGCACCUGUAACAGCCGCGGUCAGCCCAGGGCUUGUCACAACGCCGCAUAUCAAUGAUGGCGUUGCGCGUAUGCCAUCCGCAGAGCUUCCAGAGAUUCUCAAUGACGGCGCUGUAUUCCCAAGCGCUGCUAUGAGCGAGUUAAGUGGCAUCUCAGAGGACCCAUUCAAUCUUGAUUCUAAGUUCGCCUACACUCCGCACAAGAUGAAAGUCUUCACUAUCGGUGCUGGAUUUUCGGGGCUUCUCAUGGCCCACAAGUUUCAGCACAGAUUUCCGGAAAUGCGAGACAUUGUCGAACAUACUAUUUUCGAGGCCCAUAGUGAGGUCGGAGGAACCUGGUUUAUCAACAACUAUCCCGGCGUUCAAUGUGACGUUCCGGCCCACAUCUACGCAUUUCCCUUUGACCCCAACCCGAACUGGAGUCGGUUCUACGCCAGUGGGCCUGAAAUCCUUGAAUAUAUCAAGAGCACUGUGAGAAAAUGGAACCUUGACCGUGACCUGCAGCUGAAUACGCGGGUUAUCGGCGCUCAAUGGCAGGAAGCCAAAGGCCAGUGGAAGGUCACUGUAGAGCAUGAAGGGAAACAGCGCGAAGAGCACUGCCAUGUUCUCAUUUCUGCGCAAGGCGUCUUGGUGCAUGGAUCAUGGCCAGACAUCCCUGGCCUGAGAGAUUUUGAAGGCCACAUCACACACUCUGCCCUUUGGGAUCAUAACUACGACUAUUCCAACAGGAAAGUUGCCGUGAUUGGCAAUGGGUCAUCUGGAAUCCAGAUCGUUCCGCAGAUGCAGAAGCUACCUGGAACCGAUGUCGUGAACUUCAUUCGUGGUCAGGCUUGGGUUUACUACCGCGCUCCUCCAUCAAAGCAUCUCGGUCGGGACGAUUCUGACCCAAACCCAAAGUAUACAGACGCUGAGAGAGAGAUGUUUCAGGACCCCGACUAUCAUCUUCAACACAGGAAAGGCAUUAUCUCAAGGACGAACAAGUCAUUCCACAUCUUCAUGAAGGGCAAAAAUAACGAGGAGGGAAUGAAAUUGGCAGCUGCCCAAAUGGCCGAGAAGCUCGGUCAUGAUUCCAAGCUAUGCGAUAUGCUCAUUCCCAAAUGGGAGUUGGGAUGCCGUCGAAUCACCCCUGGGCCCGGCUAUUUGGAGUCUUUCUUACAGCCCAACUGCAAUGUUACCAACAGCCCUAUUACCAAUAUUUCCAAGAAGGGUGUCCAUACCGCUGACGGCAAGCUCUACGAGUGCGACGUCAGUAAGUGUCUCCCUUCCUUCGAUUUAUAG